CUGCAAGCAACGACGAGCCCCCUUCGCUGACGUCGACCCGAACACCGACCGCAAGAUGCCAAGUACUGGCGAGCUCGAGGCCAUGAAGACACCUUCGUGUCCGACGAGAUCGACGCCGAUACAUCCGCACGCAGGCUCAGCGCAAGGGACCAACACUGUACGCGAUCCACGAGUCUCGUCGAAAAUCCCAACAACCGCCUCAAACUCAAGAAACCUGCUCAUAGAUAACUCUAAACCUACGACACUGCAGGACGCAGUGAAGGCGACAGAGAGUGCGUAGGCGCUACGCUCUUCGACGAUGCUUGGAGGGUCAUACAAGGAGAGGGAUAUUUGCUAUAGGAGCUAAAGCGGAUAUUGAUGUCAACGAC